GCCCCUUUCCCAUGAAACAUCAGCAAACAUUUUGACGGCUCUGGCUUUUCCCCCCUCUGGAUUUCUGGAGUCUCUGACCCUCACACCCCCCCACCGCUUCAACCCUCACCCCCGCCACCUCUCCUCCACUAUCACCACCACCACCACCACCACCAUCUUCUCUCUCUCUUACUCUCUCUCUCUCUCUCUGUAGCCAGCACAUCGUAUGCGUCUCAGUGACAGGCAGUGCUCUCGGAGAGUCGCAGGGAGCUGAGGAGGGGGAAUCCUGCUCGAAGCCAUUUUCUCAGAGGAGCCCUGGGGACACUGGAUGGGAAGAGGAUGCACUGUGGGCUGCUCGAGGAGCCUGAUAUGGAAUCCACAGAGAGCUGGAUUGAAAGGUGCCUGAAUGAAAGCGAGAGCAAACCCUAUUCCAGCCACGCGUCCCUGGGGAACAUGUCCACGGAUGAAAAUGAAGAGAAGGAAAAUAACCGGGCAUCUAAACGUCAUUCGACACCUGCAACUUUACAGUGGUUGGAGGAGAACUAUGAGAUUGCUGAGGGGGUGUGUGUCCCUCGCAGUGCACUUUAUAUGCACUAUCUAGACUUCUGUGAGAAGCAUGGCACUCAGCCUGUCAAUGCUGCCAGUUUUGGGAAGAUUAUAAGACAGCAGUUCCCUCAGUUAACGACACGAAGGCUGGGAACCAGGGGCCAAUCAAAGUACCACUACUAUGGCCUAGCAGUGAAGGAGAGCUCACAGUACUACGAUGUGAUGUACUCCAAGAAGGGUGGCGCCUGGGUAAACGAGACAGGCAAGAAAGAGGUUACCAAGCAGACAGUGGCGUAUUCACCCCGCUCCAAACUGGGUACUCUGCUGCCAGAAUUUCCAAAUGUCAAAGACCUAAAUCUGCCUGCCAUUCUGCCAGAACAGAAGGUUUCGACGUUUAUCAUGAUGUACAGAACUCACUGCCAGAGAAUACUAGACACCGUUAUACGAGCCAAUUUCGAUGAGGUCCAGAGCUUCCUGUUGCAUUUUUGGCAAGGCAUGCCUCCACACAUGCUGCCUGUAUUGGGCUCAUCCACUGUAGUAAACAUCGUAGGGGUGUGUGACUCCAUCUUAUACAAAGCCAUUUCAGGAGUCCUCAUGCCCACAGUCCUGCAGGCAUUGCCUGAUAGCCUGACUCAGGUCAUCAGGAAAUUUGCUAAGCAGCUUGAUGAGUGGUUGAGGGUGGCUCUGCACGAUCUGCCCGAGAACCUGCGCAACAUCAAGUUUGAGCUGUCAAGAAGAUUCUCCCAGAUCCUCAAGCGACAAACGUCAUUAAAUCAUCUUUGUCAGGCGUCACGGACCGUGAUCCACAGUGCAGACAUCACCUUUCAGAUGCUGGAGGACUGGAGAAAUGUAGAUCUGAACAGCAUCACUAAGCAGACACUUUACACGAUGGAGGACUCGCGGGAGGACCAGAGACGACUCAUAAUCCAAUUGUAUCAGGAGUUUGACCGGCUGCUGGAGGAUCAGUCCCCCAUUGAAGCGUACAUCGAGUGGCUGGACUCUAUGGUGGAUAGAUGCGUUGUGCGGGUGGCAGGGAAGAGACCCGGAUCCCUGAAGAAGGUUGCUCAGCAGUUUCUUCUCAUGUGGUCCUGUUUUGGGACAAGAGUGAUCCGGGACAUGACACUGCACAGUGCCCCCAGCUUUGGCUCAUUUCACCUGAUUCACCUGAUGUUUGAUGACUAUGUGCUGUACCUGCUGGAGUCACUGCACUGCCAGGAAAGAGCCAAUGAGCUGAUGAGGGCCAUGAAGGGAGAGGGAACUACAGCAGACAGUAGUGAGGAUGUGAUGCUAACUGAGAGCACCUCCGUGUCCCCUGAGCCCUACUCUCCUGCAAAGUCGGUGCCCUCAGUGGGAGCAGUAGCCACCAGCACCCCAACUUCAGCCCAGUCCCCAGAAUACAGCAGUGUGUCUGUUACCUCAGGAGCUCUUCAGUCAUAUACAUGGUCCCUUACAUACACAGUGACCACGUCAGGAGGCAAUCCGCCCGAUGGAGGAUCCCAGCUGUCCUGCAUGCGUAGCAGCGCCCCAGUGCACCCUACCUCGUCUGCACACCGGAUGCAAGUCUACCCCUACAGAGACGAGCAUGGCUACACGGGCAGCUACAACUACAGCAGCUACACGAAUCAGCAUCAUCAUGCCAUCCAGACCCAGUAUCCGAGUCUGCCCCAUGACGCAGGCCUCCCCACCCCGCUGCACUAUUCCUCUUACCACCGUUCCUCUGCACAGUAUUCAUUGAACAGCCCGAUGUCCCGCAUGGAGCCAUGUCUGAUGGGUGGCACUCCUCGGCUGCAUGCGACCCCAAUGACACCUCGCUGGCCAGAUGUUGCCUCAGCCAACAGCUAUUCCAGCACUCCUAUGCACUCAACACGCUAUGCCUCUACAGGGGACAUGUACUCCUCUUUGACACCACGCAGGAACUCUGAAUAUGAGCAUGCACAACACUUUCCUGGCUUUGCCUAUAUUAGUGGAGAAGCUACUACAGGUUGGGCCAAAUAGCCAAAUCUUUGUCCAUUCACAAGUAUCACCAGAGACAUGGGGAGUGUGUCAGCAUGUGCGUAAAGAAAGGACGAACUCCAGCAAGGCCAAGGAACCCCCAGCGUCAUCCUCCCAACAUAAGUGUCAGUGGAGGAUUGAGGGGGAUUUCAGAAAGCACGUGUGUGUCAAAGGGUGUCUCCUGUGAGAGCUGCCAAACUGACUCUUUCUCACCAAGCAGAAUCAUUGUGACGUGAUGACAGUGCAGGUCUAGCCUAAGUGUGCCUUUUAAUUAUCUUUAAACUCCUGAUUUUCAUUCCUUCUCCGAACAAUCUUGGAUUGUGGCCUAGUUUUAUUCUGAAAGUAUGCAUCUAACAUGCCUCUGCCCUGCUGCUUGACGUCAAAGCAGCUCUUUAACAACACUAAAGAUUUCAUUAUCUCACUGUGUAUCUGCCUUUGUGCUGACUGCUUUCCUGCAUUUCCUGACUCAUGCUUUGCAGUAAACAAACCAGCCAGCAUAAAACUCCAUCAGAGGCCUCUUGGCCCAGUGCCAUGAUAUGGACGUCAAAGCAAGGGAGUUUAUUGCUGAAUUGAAUUACAUCUAUUAUCUUAUUACUGAUUGUAUAUGUGAAUAUGGGGUGCUGACGAUUUCACAGUGAAAUGUUUUGAAUGCUGUACGUCAGCAGUUUUGCGCUGUUCUUUGUGUUACAGGCCCUGUUGCUGUCACUGUGGGAGAGCUUAACUCUAAACAUUUUCCUUAGUAACACGGUGUCCUUUGGCUUUGGUUAUAUAUGUUUGUAUUGUAAAUUGCAUUUUUUUUUAUUUUUAGAAAAGUGUUAACUUAGAUUUGUGUGUUUUUAAAUGCACUCAAAGGUACAGUGGACCUAUUACCCUAUGGGUAGAAAUAAAAAAGAAAAGAAUAUCAAAAUGUAACAUUUAUCUUUAGCCACUUUCUCUUGUAAAUAAAAGCACUCAAUAACUUCUGUGGUGACAGCUGUUACCAUGUAAAUGA